UUUUGCUCACCUAUAAGUUUGUUUGUAUUGAAGUGUUGGCUGAUAGAGCUGGACUUAGAAGAAGAUGUUUAUCUUACUGAUUCAUUGCUUGUUGCUUUUAUCAUUGGAAUCAUUAAGCCUGGCUGAAAAACCAGAAGGUAGGGCCUAUGUGUAACGCUGUGUUUUAGGUCACUUUUAGGCGCUUGAACAAGGGAAGAUGGUUUUAAACAGUCUGUGCCUAUUCUCAGUACUUAAUUUAAAAUAUUAGUGGAAUAAAAAAUCUAGAUUUAAGUUUAUUGUAUACUUAAUGCAAUAAAAAUUACCAUUAAUUAAUCUUCGGCUAUCAUUACGAGAAAGUUUUGAAUGGUUCUCUGACUGAUACUAUGACUGGAUAAAACAAAUGCUGAUAUACAGACCACAGGUAUUUUUUUAUAAAUCAUCCUUAUGUUGAUAUGGAGAGGACUGAGAGAUUAUCAGAAGACUUUAUCAAGCAAGUUGGUUUUGUUAGCAGUUAGACCCAUUUGUUUUCUAAAACUCAAAAAUAUCUCGGUGUCUGUUUCAACAGAAGACAGGGAAAGGCUGCUGCGUCUUCUGUACAUUAUAAAUGGCUACGCCGCUGGCGACAUGUACGACUCAAACAAUGAACUAACUGGCAACUUCCGUCAACUUGUCAUUCCAAUCGAGAAUCCAGUUUUUUAUCCAAGUAUCACAUUCCUGUAUGAAGAAGGAUUCUACAAUGAAUUAAUGUUUAGACAAGUUGUCGUUCUUCGUGACGGCCAUGAUGGGCAUGUAUACGCCAUCCCUUACAACUUUACUGGCAUGGACAGAGACAGAUUUGGAGAAUUUAACGUGACGCUCUUACAGGAGUUGAAGAGAGAAGACUACUACACAGUGCCAGAGUGCAAGUGGAUUUUUACCGAACUGACCAACACUGUCUUCCUCUCUAGCUGGCCUUUCUGUCAGAGUAUUGUAAAUAAUUAUAUACCAAUCUAUUUAUCUGCUUGGACCUGCGGAAUUACCGGCCUCUUCGUCAAAGAUGAUCCUGGCUACAGAGAUGUAGUGAAACCAAUAUUAUACUCAAUCACACAACGGUAUCCAUUAUUACCCUACAUGUUUGAGGGUGUGCAGAAUGUACAUGAUCCUUGUACUUAAAUAGGAGUUAUUUAAAUAAGAAAUAAAGAACAACGA